AAAAAAAAAAAAAAAGAGCUAGUGCCUGAAGGAAGAUGGUUGCCUUGCUUUUCCUGGGGAGGCUAUUUCUCUUCAGCCCUGAUAGAAUGAUAGCAAAGAUUCUGUUCCAGUCCAGUUUAUUGGGGUUGCUUACAAGCGUGGGUGACUCCAGUAGCUGCCAUCUACAGAAAGCUCCUUGGACACAGUUGAGAAACUGCACUGUGGUGCAGUCCUAGUAGCUACAGACAGGAGGGGUGAUUGGGGUGUGCAAGUGGGUGGGACAGCUGGACCGCUGGAGUUUGUGGUGGCAGGCCAUAGGGAUGAAUGAAACUGCAUGGACAGAACUUAGCCCAGUCUUCUCAGCAUUUUGCUUGUCUUGGAAUUGGAGUUCUGAAAGCAACAGAGCAGGCCCAAAGGCCAGUGUGAAGCUCAGAACCACCUUUGGACGGAUUUGGCUAAUAUCCUCCUUCCCCAGGUUUGAGACCCAGACUGCUCACAGAAAACCCUAGGCAUCAGUAGAAGGCCACUAGGAGGCAGCAGAGGUUCAUAGGAUGCUCCCGACCCUGCCGGGUCUUAGCAUGUUAUGCCACCCCAUAAUUUCCCUCUUACUGUGCAUUAACUGCCCUAACAGUGUUUUAGGACUUCAGGGUGAGUGUAAUCCGAGUUAGACUGUGUGCAUGUAGACUCCGCUGGCCAUUGCCUUCCAGAAUAGUGUUUAUUUUCUUCUGACUGAAUCUUACCUAUUUUUCUCGUCAUCGAGUCCAGGAACCCCAGUAGGCCAUGCCCAAGCUGUCUCCAGGGAGGAUGCACAGCCAUGAAAAAGCUUUUAGGACAGACCUUUGGAGUCUCCAAGGCACGCCUCGCCUUACCCGGAUCCUGGGGCAAUUUGAGCUUUUUGUGAAUGGCUCUCUUGGUCUCAAGGAAAACCACCCUCUGUGGUUCUCACACCUUUCAGAAGGGGCGAGGAGACCCGUUCCGCGCCAGGCGAGGCGAGCAGUCGUUUCUGUGGCUGGGGGCCUGCGGGCAGGUGACAGGAGGCGGAGGUGGAGGCCGCUCAGGACCCGCCCCCACCGCGCUCUCCUCUACGGGAAGUGAUGUGGGGCCGGACGGAAAAUAGCGCCAAGCACCCAAAAAAGGCCAGUCGCACGGGGUCCCGAGCUCCAUUUGGAAGGGAGUACCUAAGGGAUAGAGCACAGCGAGAACGCGGCACGUUGGGAAUCUAGCACUGCAGGGACGCAACACCGCAGGGACAGCACCAGACAGAGCACCAAACCGGGUGAAGCACAGAGCCCUCCAUCAUGUCGGAUGGAGACUAUGAUUACCUCAUCAAGUUCCUGGCCUUGGGAGACUCUGGGGUAGGGAAGACCAGUGUACUUUACCAGUACACUGAUGGCAAGUUCAACUCCAAAUUCAUCACCACAGUGGGCAUUGAUUUCAGGGAAAAGAGAGUGGUGUACAGAGCUAAUGGGCCAGAUGGAGCUGUGGGCCGAGGCCAGAGAAUCCACCUGCAGUUAUGGGACACGGCGGGGCAGGAGAGGUUUCGUAGCUUGACCACUGCAUUCUUCAGGGACGCUAUGGGUUUCCUGCUUCUGUUUGACCUGACAAAUGAGCAAAGUUUCCUCAAUGUCCGAAACUGGAUAAGCCAGCUACAGAUGCACGCAUACUGUGAAAACCCAGAUAUAGUGCUGUGUGGAAAUAAGAGUGACCUGGAAGACCAGAGGGCCGUGAAAGAGGAGGAAGCCCGGGAACUUGCCGAGAAGUACGGAAUCCCCUAUUUUGAAACCAGUGCUGCCAACGGGACAAACAUAAGCCACGCGAUUGAGAUGCUCCUGGACCUGAUCAUGAAGCGGAUGGAGCGGUGUGUGGACAAGUCCUGGAUUCCGGAGGGAGUGGUACGGUCCAAUGGCCAUACCUCUGCGGAUCAGUUAAGUGAGGAGAAGGAGAAGGGGUUGUGUGGCUGUUGAGACGCCAAGCGAACCCCGUGGCAGCAGCGCACGACCCCUGGCUGCCGCCGGCUCCUCCGUAGAGACCAAGCCAGCAGCUUGAUGAGAUGAGCAAACAGCCCCUCCUCUGCCAGGUGCCUCUCCUCGCCUCCAGGAGGAUCACCUCGGCAUCUAUCUGUAACGCGCUGCAGCUUUGUAUGAUUUAGUUCAUGAAUCGGAAGAAAUACUUCACAGAGCCAAAAGUGUCUUAUAAAAGCCCACGGUGGCGGGUCAUUUAGGGAUCCAAGAUUUCAGCCAUGAAAGAUUUCAUCUGUUAUGUAGAACGCUGAUGGUCCUGUCGCCUGCCUUAACACAGUCGCCUGCCUCAACACAGACAGCCCUAGAGUCUCAUUGAAGACAUUAAGAUCUUUGAGCAAGGAAAAGCUAGCACGGUCUUGAGAAUCCAGAUUUCAAAAUUCAUACUGUAGACUAUCACUCUCAAACACAUGAAUGUCAAUAAGUGUGUACACACAGAUCAAUGUCUUUCAGCAUUGCUUUUUAACAUAGCCUUCCCUUUGACAUGAGCAUAAACAGAUGGCGGCCAUACCUAUAGACUCUGAAUAGAUCAGAUUGACUCACUGAGUUUGGGGGUGGGGGAAAGGGCUUAUGGAGCAGGGGUGGGUCAAGUAGGGAUCAAGUUCAGUCAGAUUGUCUGGCUGUUAGCCGAGGGGUCAUAAAGACUCUUGUGUCUAUCCAUGGUCUGUUGGGUUCAGUCCACCUCUGAACAUCGCUCAUGCUUCUGCAGUAUGUAUGGUUGCAUGUAUGUAUGUAUGUAUGUAUGGUCUCUUCAUAUGUACGUAUGUUUGGUCUGGCACCUCAGGCUCUGCUUUCACUUGUCUGGACACUGCCAGUCUGACUUUUCCCAUCAAGCUUUGGUGGUGGUGGUGGUGGUUCCCAUUUUGUUUUCUCCCCCCCCUCCCCCAUUAAUGUAACGGAAGGAAUCUCUUUUUAAUUAAAUGGCGACGUGUUUAUUUGCUAUCUGGAGGGAGGGAGAUCACUGUCUGUAUUUAAGCAGUCACAUUUGUGGGCCAGUUUAAGAGAAGUGUUUUGUAGCCUGUAGCUUUCACUGGGAAUGUGGGGCACUGAUGUUUUUUGAUAGUGGAAAACACAUACUUUGCAUGGUAGUUUCAAGUGGCUUUUUUUUUUUUUUUUUUGAGACAGGGUCUUUUCAUGUAGUUUCUAGCUGGCCCAAAACUCCCUUUGUAGACUAGGCUGGCCUCAAACUCACAGAGAUCCACCUGUCUCAGCACCCUAAGCGCUGGGGAUUAAAGGUGUAGUUGUCACACCUGGCUCUCAGAAGACUUUUAAAAAAUUGAACAUCUAUCAUUUAUUGCCAUUGUCUUUUGACCCCUCCUCAGAAAAAAAUAGCCAUGGCCACUAAGCUUUUACUGUUCUUGAAAUAAGGGACUCUUUGAAACACCAAAGUCCCAAAGUCGUCAUUGAGGCCUAUACAUCUGAAUCCUAUAUACCCAGGACAUGAGGCCCAUCAUAGCUGUGCCUUCCAGCAUUGUUCUAAGACUUCAGUGGAGCAUACUGCAUGUCUGGGCACAUUUCUCAAUGUCUCUCUUGUAAAUACAUCAAGUCAAUAUGCCAGACAGGUAUUGGUGGUUCAUUCUUUUCAUCUCCCAUACUUGAGAGGCAGAGACAGGCAGUGAGUUUGAAGCCAGGCUUCACUAUAGAGUGAGUUUCAGGACAGCCAAAGCUACAUAGUGAAGUCCUGUUUCAAAAAACAAACACACACUAGGCAGUGGAGGCGCAUGCCUUUCAUCCCAGCACUCAGGAGGCAGAGGCAGGUGGAUCUCUGAGUUCGAGGCCAGCCUGGUCUACAGAGUGAGUUCCAGGACAGCCAGGGCUACACAUAAAAAAGUGAAUGUUUGCACAGUGGCAUAGUGCGGGUUUUGAGAAGUCAGGUGCCGCUCCUGUUGGCUCCACACCAGGCACAGGGCUUAAUGUAUGUGAUAGUUGCCCAACACAAGAGCUGCCUUGAAUUGUUGAAACAAAACAAAACUGAGUUCUCUGAAAAUGGUUUAAAUUUGAUAAAAAAAAAAAAAAUAACCGUACUUUUUGUCACUGUAUUUUUCUAUUUACAAAUCUGUAUAAAAAAAUGCUCUUUAGUGAACUUUGUGCCAAUUAAACCAUAAUAAUAAUAAUAAAAAUAAUAAAAGA